AUGGGAGGAAGCAGUGUUAAAAGAUAUAAGUCCGCUCAUGGUUCUUGUUCACAACCGCUACAAAAGGUCGGUAUUUUACUGUCAAAACAUUUUCUGCUAGUGGUCUCUUUGAUCCAAGUAUCUACUUCCUUCAGGCCAAAACAAAACGAAAAAUUCAGGGAAGAACUAGAGAAGGCGGUGCACAUAAUAUGGAACUGUGGACUUCCUUCACCAAGAUGUGUCGCUGUUGAUGCCGUGGUCGAGACAGAUUUGGUCUCUGCUCUGCAAGUAUCUGUUUUCCCAGAGAUCAUCUUCACAAAAGCCGGAAAGAUACUAUACCGUGAGAAAGGUAUUAGAACUGCAGAUGAGCUCUCAAAAAUCAUGGCUUUCUUCUAUUACGGAGCUGCAAAACCGCCCUGUUUGAAUGGUGUCAAUAGUUCCCAAGAACAGAUUCCUUUAGUCGAUUGA